AUGGUGAAGAUGGAGAACGAGAGUAACUUACAAGUUACCUUCUCAAAACGACGUGCUGGCCUAUUCAAAAAGGCUAGUGAACUUUGCACGUUAUGUGGUGCUGAAGCUGCCAUAAUCGUGUUCUCUCCAGCCGACAAGGUUUACUGUUUUGGCCAUCCUAAUGUGAAACUUGUGCUUGAUAGGUUUGCCGCUGGGGUUGCUCCUACCACUGCAAAUGACCAAUUGAUAUUUGAGGCUCACCGCAACUCUACUAUUCGUGAACUCAACUUGGAGCUCACCCAAGUGGAAAGCAUGCUUAGAGCAGAAAGAAUGCACGGUGAAGAGAUAGACCUAAUAAGGAAGGCCGGACAAAUGCAGAAUUGGUUUCCCGACUCAUUUGAUGAGUUCAAUUUUGCACAACUUUGUGGGCUGAAGGAAUUCAUAACGAGCUUCAAAAAGGAUUUUGAUGUCAAAAUGCAAAAAGACAUGCGUAGUCUUGCUGAGCAACUUCCAUCUUAUUACCCUCCUCCGGCAGGGAAAAUGGAAAACCAUAGGGGUUUCCACCUUGGUGUUGAUGCUGAUAUUGGUCCCCCAUUGAAUGCUCAGUUGUCACUAGGGACCAAUGCUGUUUCCCCCUAUGCUCAUGGGGGAAUUGAGUUUCGCAAUAGUGGUCUAUCUGCUCAUGGAGAGACCCAUGGAUCCUCACUUGCUAAGGUUUCAAAUGAUCCUAUGACAACUAGUAAUACUAGCGCCCUGAUUUCAUGUGAUUAUCUAAGGGCCAAUACUAGUUUGAGUGGUAAUGUAUUUUUUGCUGAUGGCCAUGGGCGCUCUUCUUCCAACCUUCCAAUUGACCCGACGACUAUUGGGAGUAGAGAUGUCAAUAAUGCGUCUUGUGGAUUCAACAUAGGAUUCGGUCCUAGGUUGUUCUAA